AUGCAGGAUAGACUGCCCACUUUGCUGCUUUUUCAGUCUUCAAUAACAUCUUCGUGUUCUGACACUCUUACGGCCACAAAAAAGCCUCCGUGCAUGCUCAAUAGCCCCUGCACAUCUGACCUUGCCGCAGCCGCAAAGUCAGAGGAAAAUAAAAAUGAAGAGACAGAAAAAAAUGGAGAAAAGUGUGGUUCUGGCCAUGAUUUAUUUUUCGAUAAAUCCGAAACGGUUGAAGUAUCCAUGGACAAUGAUAAUGAAGACCCCAAAAGGGAUGAAAGUAAAAUAAAAAUACUUAACUCGCAUUCAAUACUUUUGUUGCAUGAAAAUAAACCAUUUCAGUGUACGGAGUGUGGCAGCAUUUUUAAUGACAAAGAGCUAUUUCGUGCACAUCGGCAAACUCAUAAAGAAAAGAAGCCAUUUCAUUGUCUUGAAUGUGGAAAGUCUUUUGCUGAUAGAACUACUCUUGUUAUACAUCAACGAACACAUACAGGAGAAAAGCCCUUUAGUUGCAAAGAAUGUGGCAAAAGCUUUAGUCAACAUUCAUCACUUUUUUCCUACGAGAGAAUUCACACAGGAGAGACCCCAUAUCCAUGUCCAGAAUGUGAAAAAAAAUUCACUGACAGAUCAUCUUAUGUGAGUCAUAUGAGAACGCACACCGGAGAAAGGCCCUUUAAAUGUGAGGAAUGUGGCAAAAGAUUCUCUCAAAGCUCUAAUCUCCGCAGACAUGAAAGAAUCCACACAGGACAGAAGCCACAUGCUUGUGAGGUGUGCGGAAAAACCUUUAAUUAUAUUGGCAGGCUAAUUUCACAUCGGGAUGUGCAUAUGAAGAAAUUAAUGAAAGGGGAUACGAUUGAAGAGAAAAAUGAUAUUUUAACAACCAAUUCACCUAAAGGAAGAAAGGAGAAAACAAAAUAG